GGGUUCUGAGUGAAGGCGGUGGCGGGGUUCGGGCUGCGAGGGGACGGCGGGUUCGGGUCUGGGGUGGACGCCACCGCCCGGAGCAAGGCGGCCAGAACCCAAGUCCCGGCCAGUCUUCAGAACCCGGCACAGACCGGCAGGGCCGAAGCCAGGGCGCGCGGCCGGGAGGACGGAGGCUGGGGCUGAGCGAGUGCCCGGGUCGGGGCACGCCAGAUAAUGGAUUUGGAUGGCCUCCUAUGAAGCAGUGCCUCAUGGUCCAGAAGCAACCAUGUCUGGGCUCCUGCUGUCUUAGGAAUCCAGGGCCUGGAGAUAGCUAGCUCUCUCGUGGGAAGUCAGGUGGGGUGUGACCCAGGAACAAGAAGCAUAUCCUCACCAAUGACAUCAUGACAGCAAGAGAGCACAGCCCUCGCCAUGGUGCCAGGGCCCGUGCGAUGCAGCGGGCUUCCACCAUCGAUGUGGCAGCCGACAUGGUGGGCCUCUCUCUGGCAGGAAAUAUCCAAGACCCAGACGAGCCCAUUUUAGAAUUCAGCUUAGCUUGCAGUGAGCUGCACACUCCAUCGCUAGAUCGAAAACCAAAUAGUUUUGUGGCUGUGAGUGUCACCACCCCUCCACAGGCAUUCUGGACGAAGCACGCACAGACGGAGAUCAUUGAGGGAACCAACAAUCCUAUCUUUCUGAGCAGCAUCGCCUUCUUCCAGGACUCCCUCAUCAAUCAGAUGACGCAAAUCAAGCUGUCUGUGUACGAUGUCAAAGACAGAUCUCAGGGAACAAUGUAUUUACUGGGCUCUGGAACAUUCGUUGUCAAAGAUCUGCUCCAGGACAGGCAUCACAGAUUGCAUCUGACACUGAGGUCUGCAGAGAGUGACCGCGUCGGUAACAUAACGGUGAUCGGCUGGCAAAUGGAGGACAAGUCAGACCAGCGGCCCCCUGUGACCCGGUCUUUGGACACUGUCAAUGGGAGGAUGGUUCUGCCAGUGGAUGAGAGCCUGACGGAGGCGUUGGGAAUCCGGUCCAAAUACGCCUCUUUGCGGAAAGACACCUUGCUGAAAUCAGUGUUCGGCGGUGCCAUCUGUCGCAUGUACCGGUUCCCAACCACCGAUGGCAACCACCUACGGAUCCUGGAGCAGAUGGCAGAGAGUGUCCUCUCCCUGCACGUGCCUCGGCAGUUUGUGAAGCUGCUGCUGGAGGAAGAUGCAGCCAGAGUGUGUGAGCUGGAAGAGUUGGGGGAGCUGUCCCCUUGCUGGGAGAGCCUCCGGCGGCAAAUUGUCACCCAGUAUCAGACUAUCAUCCUCACCUACCAGGAAAAUCUGACUGACCUCCAUCAGUACAAAGGUCCUUCAUUUAAAGCAAGCAGUUUGAAAGCAGAUAAAAAGUUAGAAUUUGUUCCUACAAACCUGCACAUACAAAGGAUGAGAGUUCAAGAUGAUGGAGGCUCAGAUCAGAACUAUGACGUUGUCACUAUCGGAGCUCCAGCAGCACACUGCCAAGGUUUUAAGUCAGGAGGUCUUCGAAAAAAGCUGCACAAGUUUGAAGAGACCAAGAAACACAGUUUUGAGGAGUGUUGUACAUCAUCUAGCUGCCAGUCCAUAAUCUACAUACCACAGGACAUCAUCCGAGCCAAGGAGAUUAUUGCCCAGAUCAACACCCUGAAAACCCAAGUUAGCUACUACGCAGAACGGCUCUCCAGGGCAGCCAAGGACAGGUCUGCCACUGGCCUUGAGAGGACACUUGCCAUCUUGGCAGACAAGACCCGGCAGUUGGUCACUGUCUGUGACUGUAAGUUGCUGGCCAACUCCAUCCAUGGGCUGAAUGCAGCACGGCCUGACUACAUCGCUUCCAAGGCCUCCCCUACCUCGACUGAGGAGGAACAGGUGAUGCUGCGGAAUGACCAGGACACCCUGAUGGCCAGGUGGGCGGGGAGGAGCAGCCGCUCCUCCCUGCAGGUGGACUGGCAUGAGGAGGAGUGGGAGAAGGUGUGGCUGAAUGUGGACAAGAGUCUGGAGUGCAUCAUCCAGCGGGUGGACAAGCUGCUGCAGAAGGAGCGUCUUCAUGGGGAGGGUUGUGAGGACGUCUUCCCCUGUACAAGCACCUGCUCCAGCAAGAAAGGUAACCGGAACAGCCAAGCCUACUGGAUCAGACCGGAGGACCCCUUCUGUGAUGCCCCCUCCUCGACAUGCCCCUCCUCCAUGCCCACUGCUGCAUGCCAUCCUCACCCAAGUGCACAUUGCAGCCCCCCUCCUGAAGAGUCCAGUCCAGGUGAAUGGAGUGAGGCCCUUUAUCCUCUGCUGACCACCCUCACAGACUGUGUGGCCAUGAUGAGUGACAAAGCCAAGAAGGCCAUGGUCUUCCUGCUCAUGCAGGAUAGUGCCCCCACCAUUGCCUCAUACCUGAGCCUGCAGUACCGCCGUGACGUCGUCUUCUGCCAAACUCUGACAGCCCUCAUCUGCGGCUUCAUCAUCAAGCUGAGGAACUGCCUGCAUGAUGACGGCUUCCUGCGGCAGCUCUACACCAUCGGGCUUCUGGCCCAGUUUGAAAGCCUGCUGAGCACCUAUGGAGAGGAGUUAGCCAUGUUGGAGGACAUGAGCCUUGGAAUCAUGGACUUGAGGAAUGUGACCUUUAAAGUCACUCAGGCCACGUCAAAUGCAUCAACUGACAUGCUGCCAGUCAUCACUGGAAAUCGCGAUGGCUUUAAUGUGCGGAUCCCUCUGCCAGGACCACUGUUUGACUCCCUGCCCCGAGAGAUCCAGAGUGGCAUGCUGCUGCGGGUGCAGCCAGUCCUCUUCAACGUGGGCAUCAACGAGCAACAGACGCUGGCUGAGAGGUUUGGAGACACAUCCUUACAAGAAGUCAUCAACGUAGAGAGUUUGGUGCGGUUAAAUUCCUACUUUGAGCAGUUUAAGGAGGUUCUGCCGGAGGACUGUCUACCUCGAUCUCGGAGUCAGACCUGCCUGCCAGAGCUUCUGCGGUUUCUAGGACAGAACGUCCAUGCACGCAAGAAUAAGAAUGUGGACAUCCUCUGGCAAGCUGCUGAGGUCUGUCGCCGCCUCAAUGGAGUCCGGUUCACCAGCUGCAAAAGUGCCAAGGACCGUACGGCCAUGUCAGUGACGCUGGAGCAGUGCCUGAUCCUGCAGCAUGAGCAUGGCAUGGCCCCGCAGGUCUUCACACAAGCCCUGGAAUGCAUGCGCAGCAUUGGAACACGGGAGGUAGUCACCCAGAAGAACUUGAGCGGCCUGGUGCCCAUCCGAGACUUAAGGCUAGACCCCAGCCUCCUCUGUUCCAUUCCUUUAUUAGCUCUGAGCCCCAAUUUACUGAUUGUGUGGCUCUUUUUGAGCAUAGCUUACCUGGUGACCAAAUUGCGUUGCAAAUAAAUAUCAUUAUGAAAAAUUAAUUAGUCACAAGACAGACAAAAGUGCCCGAAAAUGUCCAGCCACCGUGUAUCAAACUGGACAGAAGGAAGGUGUCAAAGCGAGGUCUGCCAAGAAAUAUCUCAUGCCUUACAGUUUGACGUUAUGUUCUUCUGAACUGUAAAUACCUGCCAAAUUCUUUCAUCAAGAGGACUUGUUCAUUUUGAUUGUGUAGCGUCUUCAGUGCUUGUAACAUGUUCUGGUGCCCUGUGACUGCAUUAUUUAGCUGGCCUGGAAUUACUUGUACCAAAUAUCUUACCUUCUGAUGUAUAACUAUUUAUUACCUGUACAUCUCGUGUGCCCUGUUCCAAGAGAAAGGGAUGCUGUCUGCAAAGAGUUUGUAUAUUUGAUACUAUUCCUUAAGUGUGUUGCUAACCUCACUUGCCUUUUGAAGAAAUCAACAAGAAAAAGAUGCUUUAUCAGUUUAUCCAGAUACCCCUGUCUAAUAGGACUGGACUUCCUAUUUUCCUUCAAAGUGUAGUCCUGGGAUUGCAGUAGCAAAAAGUUUGUAGAGUCACACUUCCUUGCUUCCGGUUAUUUCCACUUGGUGAUGACACAGCUGUGGAUACAGGAGCAAAUGCCACCAAGUCCAGCAUACAAAGAUUACAUGUUGCAUGUGACUUCAGGGUUGCUCUUAAUACACGUAGUAGCAAGAGUUAUACACUUUUUCUUGAAAUAACUUUUUUAAUUUAAAAAUUGUAUGUUUUAUUCCAGAUGAAGUCUAGAUAUCUUUUUUCUUUUACUAAUUCAAUAAGUUUAAUAAUGAACCAAAAAAAUGAAAGAAAAUGAUUUUUAAAAGCGAAGCUUAAGUUUUGGCAGUUGUGUAAGAUAGGGCUGUGAGAAGGGGGGACAACUGGGUUUUCCCAAUAUCAUUCCUAAUUUUAACAUGGCACUGCCCCUAAAACAGGAUGACUGGUCACCCUGACACUCAUAUGUGACAGAGAGUAAUCGUCCUCCAUAAAAGCAGCCAAGUAGCCAAGGACAGGUGCCACUCACCUUGAGUAAGAAACAGUGAGUGACUUCUCCAUCUUCCAGUUCUCACUGGGUUGUGUUUCUGCUUUUGACCUCCAGCUUGACGAUGAAGGGGAUUUCUUUUCAUGGGUCUGGUGGGAAACCUGGAGUGACUUAAAGAAGCCGGAGUUUCUAGUGUCUUGACAUUCUCAGGCACACUAGCCCAUCCACCAUAGCUCCAGCUUCUCUGUUCUCUCCGCAAGACUUCCUGACCAUCCUUGGAGGACUGUCUGGGACCCAGCUCCCUCUCAGAGUGAGGUGUAGGAGUUGCAGAGCAGUUAGUGAAUACCAGAUGCUGGACGGACUCUGUAAUUGGGCUGGGGAAGGGUUCCUUACCACACCCGAGCAGUGCCCUUUUUCUGCAGAUCUGAGCACCGCAGGCUCCCAGGGCAGGCCUGCCUCAGAGUUCCUACACAAACAGGUCCACUUGUCUCGGCUAGUACAGCAUGGUGACAGCUCCGGCAUCUUGCAGUUUGGCCCCUUAGCACUGCCAGGCAGCAUUCGUGGAGCACUUGGUGGAUGCCCUUUCACUUCAGAGCAUGUGCUUCAAGCCUCUAAGACCAUGCUGUUUGCCUCAUUUGAACAGGAGAGAGGGAGAGGCCAUGGUCUCCUUCCAUCCCCAUCCCACAGCCUCCCAUUCCUUGCUCUAGGUUGCUGCCCUCUGAUAACAUGGAGGUGACUCAAGAAUGCAUCGUUUCCAGGGUUUUGCUGUGGCCAAGCAGAGAGCAUAGACAGAUGAGGGCAGUCUCUGGAAGUAACUGCAGAGACAGCACCUGUCCCCAUGGCCCAGGAUGCCCAUCGCUCUUUGCAGGGACACUUCUCAGGAUCAUUGUGUACAGCAAAGGGAAACAGUGGCUGGUUAGAAAAAUCCCUACCCACACCCCAGGCAGGGAGGGCUCCUGUUGGGACACUCUGGUCUGCCGUGUCUUAUAUUGCCUUGGCUGUUGGGUCAGGAAGGCAAGCAGAGAGGUUCCUUGUUUCUCUCUUCCAGGGGUUAGUGGAAUGCAGUACACCACCUCCAGGCACAAAAGGCUGGCUCUGAGUCCACCCCAGCAAGGGGGGGGGGGUGUUGAGAUUUGCAUUUGCUUUUUUUCCCUCUAACAUAAUGGGGAGGUGGAGAGACCAACCUUCGGUAUGCUUAUUCUUUAUACUGGAUUUUAAUGUCAUUUAAGGCCUUUUGCUCAUGAAAUCAAGUCAAAUAUUCAAAAUCUGGUCUACCACACGAAAUGAGGAGAAACAGGACAAGAGAUGGUUCAACUUGGCCACUGUUAGUGUUGGGUGAUGGUGUCCAGGUUGCUUCUGAGUGACCCUGAGCUGUGGCACCGAGACUGGUCAGAGCUGCACCCUCUGCAGCAGCAGGUUUUGAAGGAGAGAGCCAUGCUCAGGAGGUCUUGUUAAGUGCUGUAGAAAACACACUGUGCAUGUUCUUUGAGCUAGGUUGACUGCCACUGCUAAUUCCUGUACUCCUUCAGGCACAGUCACUCCCCAUGUGUGUUGUGGCAUGGCCUAGACAUGGAGAUUGUCAGGUGAACUCUAAAGUAGAAGCUCCCAAAGGAAACACCGAGGUCCUAGGAUUUUCCUUUUAGAGUUUCCAUUCAGAUUUCCAAAGUUGACAUCCUUGAAAUUAGGUAAUUCUUGAGAUAAAAAAAAAGAACCAGGAGCUGUGCAAUAACUAAAUCCCUCUUGUUAAAGUCUGCCCCAAACCUUGUCAUGUACUAUUGCCCCCUAAAGACACUGGCAGUGUGGUCAGUAAAAGUGUUCUGCUUCAGGCCACCAUGCUGGACUCUGCAGCAGGACACCCUUUACCACCCCUGCAGACCUGGUCCCAGCCCUUCAAACUGGCUCACAGACACCUGCAGAUCAUGGCAAUGGUGGCAGCAUGCAGACAGGGCAUAUCAGCAUGGAUGUAAACAUGUGGAAGAAACGGUUUGAUUUAAAAACCAAAUUAAAGGCAUAAUGUGAAUCGUAAGUUCAUGCGCAACGUAUGCAGUCAGCUAAACCUAGCAGCAGUGCCUUUCACAGGUAAAUACAGAGACUAAACCUUUAAAUUAUCAUUUGGCAUUUACUGGAUAGGUGGGUUUGAGGAUCCUCUGUAGAAAUGGAGAGGCCAUAUGUGAAGCAGUCUGUUAGUAAAGGAGCUUCCAAGACCACACCAGGUCCACUGUGCACAGGAGUCUGUAGCUUCUGCUUUAAAUAGAUUUGUUUUUAUCUGCUUACUGAAUGUUCAGCAGGAGCUGAUGUUUGCUCUGGGCGGCCCAGGGCUUUAACUCAGGUGACACAGCCAGCCCAAGGCUCUGGAACAGGGACGUGCACACGAGUUUCAGUCAACAGCAAGCAGGUGGAUGCUUCUCUGAGUCGCCAGGGCUUGUCUCUUGAGUAAACAUUGCUGUCUCACCAAAACCUACUUGACAUUGUUAAUAAGGGGACUGUCAUGUUCAUUUUCAAAGGCUUGCGCUGUUUUUUUAAAUGUAUGUCGUGUGGUCUUCAUAGAAUUUGAAAUACUUUUUUAAAAUCACUUUUCUUGGUAAUUGCAAAUUUUACAUCUCAGAAGGGGGAUAUUUUUACUGAACUUGACAACUACUUGAUUUCAUUGCUCCUCUCUAAACAUUGUAAAAAUAGCAAGUUUUACUGUGUUGUGGAAAGGAAUUUAUAUUAAUAAUCCUUUUUGGCUGUUAAUUUUAUGCCACUCCAGAGCAGUGCCCAGAGACAUCCCUUGAGGUUCACUCUGAGUCCUACCUGGUUCUUCAUCCUCUUGCUGGGUACCAUUUGUUUUGGCCCUGGGUUGCUAUGACAACCCUCCAUGGAGUGCAGCUGGGAUUCAAGCUGCUAGUGAGUUCUCUAAGGGAAGAGCACCUGUGGGCUCACUUUGGGCUCAGUGGUGCUUGUACAAGAAGUGGCCGCAAUGACAGCAGCCCAUUGGAGAAGGCGGCUAGUGAGCUCCAGGAGGUCAGUGGAGCUCUCACGGCUCGUCAGCCUGAUAGCCACAAGGGCCUCUUCUGCAGACAGCACACAGGCCUAUACGAGCACUUUGCACUGCCCCUAGGCGGAGACAGUUACCAGAGCAGCCUCCUCUGCCACGUGGUCUUUGCUACCUGUUGAAUUCUGCAAGGAAAAUCAGCAUUUGGGGUUUGAUGUGGUCUCAGAUUUUGCUAACAUACAAAAGGUACAAUGCUUUAGAAGCUAUGGUAAGAGUAAAAUAUGCUGUAAACAAAUCUUUGAACCACAAGUUAUGAUAGAA